AUGGAUGAAUUAAAUUACUUGGUGGAGCGGAAGCAGUUGAUUUAUGAUAUUUUGGGAUAUUGGCCAGAAGAUAACAUGCUCAACCACGAUCGUCUAAAGCUUACUUCUAUAUCCCGACGGUUGAGUACACCGUUGCCUGCAGAUGCUUCAGAUGUUAUGGUUCGUCAGUAUGCCCGCAUGUACAUCCUGAUUCUAUUGGGUGGAUUGUUAUUUGCUGAUUCAUGUCAGAAUCUCGUGAGUUUGAAUUGGUUAGACUAUAUCCGUGAUUUGGAUGCCAUGAGGCAAUACAGCUGGAGGGCUGCGACGUUGGCUUGUUUAUAUUCACGAAUGUGCCACGCAUCUCGUGUUGGAACAAUAACAACUGGAGGUCCAUACUUGUUACUACAACUUUGGGCGUGGGAGCGGAUUCCUGUGAUUCGACCUGAUGUACUCCCAUAUUCUGAAAUUGGGGAUUUUCCGAGAGGAGGGAGAUGGGCAGCCGAACGAACAGGGGUUGACCCUUCUAGUCAGUCCGGCAUACAUUAUCGGGAGCAGUUAGCCUUAUUACGCAUGGAUCAGGUAUUUGUCUCUUAUAUCUAA